AUGAAAUCAGACAAUGAUGACAACAUAAACAUGAUCAAGAGCGACAUGUGGAUGGAUAUUGACACUCAUAAGUCAGCAGAGAGACAAUUCUUCCCUUCUGAUAGUCCACUGUAUUAUCAAGACCCUGACCUUGAGAAUUCUUCAAGGUUUGAGGAGGAGGAAGAGAAAGAAGACUCUUUCUUUCCAAGUUUCAUCCAAGCACUAAAGAAUGUAGAAAGCUCGGAGCGGAUCAACAACUUACUGCAGGAAUUCAAGAUAGAGAUCAAGCCUGAAUACAGAUACGUACUAAUCCACCUUGUUAUCCUAUUUAAAAAGAAGGAGUUAUAUAACCCUAUCAAUGAAUAUUUUGACGAAAUCUCAGGUCAAUUUAACCUCGAGAGCUCCUUCGUUGAGCAAGAACUCCCAGAGUCUUAUGACGAACUUCUCAACACAGAUACUGAAAUUAGCAAUAUCAGAGAGAAGUCUGUGAAGCUGUGUAUUAGGGAUAGAAUAAAACCAGCCUUACUAACAAUAUUUUCCAUGGAUUCUGAAGAUCUGACCCUCCGCUCCGAAGACCUCUUCUCUUUGUAUGAAAUUGGUAAAGCAUUUUUGUUUAAGGCUCUGAACGAAAGAGUUAAGGUAGAUAGGACAAACAAAUCAGUGCCUAACAUGAUUCUGGAUAAAUUCAGAGAGGAGCAUGACAUUAAAAACAGAUCCAGACUCGAUUCAUGAAGUCUGAUAUCCUAUGUGGAUGCUAUGUAUGUGCUCUUAGAGAAAAACAAGAAUAAUUUUGAAUGAAGAAAAAUACUUUCUAAAAUUUCUGAUCAUGAUGUUCUUACAGAAAUUAUUGGACUUUUGAUUAUAAAGGACAAGUAUACCUUGGUCAAUGAACUAGAGUUUGAAUUUGAUAGGAGGUUUGUCCAAAUUGCUUUGGAAAACGACUGAUAUGACGUUGUGUUUCAUCUGAGAAAUAAAUACCCUCAAAGUUUCACGAGAUCUGAAGCUACUUUCCUUGAGUACAUCUUGCAGUCAUUUACGAAAUCUAAUCAUUGUUGGCUUGCGAAAUGCUUUAUGCUCAAAAGCGUGAUUCAUUACUUGAGUUAUAGAAGGGCAGAGGACUUCUUGUACACUAUAGCUGGGAAGAUAGACAGGACUGACCCUAAAGACAACCCUUUGUACUUCACUCCCAAUCUUUUGCUGUUAAUCAUUAAUAUUUAUGAAGUGUGCAUCUUGAUCACUAGGGAGUAUCCAUUUCUGAGCGCCCAAACUGAUGGCAUCAUUGAGAACUUGACUAGGAUAGGCAGCAACUUUAUCAGAGAGAUCAGUGAUGAAGAGAGAUUAAGGGCUCUUGUGUUUGAAAGAGAUUUUGAGAAUAGAGAUUCAUUAGAGCUUUUGUCAAGAUAUAAUAUCACUGAUAUUCUCAAUAAUAAGAAUAUGGAGAAAAUUGCUCUAGAGCUUUGGAGCUCUGAAUAUGAUGUUAAAGGAAACUUAAUGGAAUGUUCAUCUGCUUUGUCUAUACUAAGCUGGAACACUUUUAAUAAACCUAGAGAUCUUGUGGAAGAAUAUAUGUUUUAUAAUUUCUCUUGCCGAAAGAAGUAUGCUCACCAUCUUUUCCAAUACCAAAUUUGGAAGAAGUCGAUGAUGGCUAAAUUUAUCACAGAAGCUGUGUUCUUGUUUUUCUUAACGGUGACAUUUCAAUAUUUCUUAAUACAAGCCCUCCGAUCUGGGCACGAGUUGCUAACAGUCUAUACUGAAGCAGUGGCUGCCAAUAGCUCUCAAGAAGCUAUUGAUGUAGCUUUAGAGGAACAUCAUGGUGAUGCUAUUACGUUCUAUAACGAUAUGGAAAUACUCCAGUAUUUGUCUAUAAUUGCUUAUUUUUACCCGAUGAGGAUAGUUCUGGAAGCAAUAUAUGCAACCUUGACAAAGAGGUCUCUACGUUUUCUUAGUUUUGCAAAUUUAUGAGAUAUUGUGUUUUCAUUGGUAUUUUUCAUCAAAAUGUGAAGAGAGUUUGAUGACUACAGAGAUGGUCUGAGCGAUAUCAGUGAUAGUGGGAAGAAAGCAGUCAGAUAUUUUGAAAAUAUUUACGAGUAUGCAAAUGAUGAAAUACUUCUUGAUGUUCUCUAUGCUAUUGCAAUGACUGCUCUAUGGCUUAGGAUUUUGUACAUGUUUAGACUCACCCGAUUUUUAGGACCGCUUUUGAAAAUGGUAUUUAGUAUGCUCUGGGAUAUCACUAUUUUCAUGGUCUUAUUUGGCAUCCUUCUUGUUGUGUAUGCUUCACUGGCUGUCCUUUUAUUUUACACAGAAGCAGGAUAUACAAAUUUUUAUGAUGCAAUGAUCACGUUAUUCGGAUCAGCUCUGGGAAAUUUCGACUUCAACAGUCUAGAUGGAUCAAAUAAAGGAAGAGUGACUGGAGAAAUAUAUCUAGUGUCUUUCAUUAUACUUUGUAAUAUUCUUAUUUUAAAUCUCUUGAUUGCUAUCCUCUCUACCACAUACGCUCAACUUGACGAAAAGAAAGUGGUUCUAUACAUCAAUGAAAUACUGAAACUCAGAUCAUCUCUUGAGUAUGAGAAGAGAACAAGUGGAUUGAUCUCAGCCUUCCCACCAUGGAACUUCUUUCCUUUGAUAUUAUCUCCAUUCUAUUUCAUCAUCAAAGACACUAGGAAAUUCAACGAAGUGGUUUGUCAUAUCUGAUAUUUUCCAGUAUUAUUCUUGGCAACAAUAAUUUUCAUAGUUAUCAAUUGAGUGAUCCUACCCCUAACUUACUUCAAAGGGGUGUUGGUUAAGCUACAAUUUAUUUUCAAUAAGAAAGUAGAAGUCCCUAUCUUCAGAAGAAUAAACACCUUCUUUAUCUUCUUUAUUGGAGGCCCCAUUAUUCUUGUACUGAAUCUCUGCGUUGAUAUUUACAUGUUCUUCCUUCACUGCUAUGAUAAAAAUAUCAAUUACAGGAAGGAGAAGUCUAAAGUCCAGUUCAUUUCUUCUAAGACUUAUCAUCAGUUGCAAACUAAGUUUGAGAAAGAUGUUGAGAACGGAGUUGAAGCCGUUCCUUUCACAGAAGCUGCAGAGUACUGUAGAAACCUACUCAAAGUUAUGGACCUUUUGAGAAAUGUUAUUUUUUCAACUUGUGAAAAUAACAUUUCGUAUAAAAGACAAAUUCUAGAUCUCCAGGAAUAUGGGAAAGUUAAGAACGUUCUGUAUGCAGCAUCGAUCAAGCAUGGAAGUCAGAGAUAUAUCUUCUGAAUGAUAUGGAGAUUUAUAUUAAAGGAACUGAAAGUUAACUCUAGGGUUCGUCAAAUUUUAGGGCAGACUUCUCAUAGUGAGAUCACCAAAUCAGCUGUGAUGAUGGGAGAUAAGCAAUAUUUUAAAGAUAGCUCAAAAGAUUUCCUCAGACAAUUUCUACAGAUAUCACUUUGAGAAGCUCAUGAAGCAAUAAAGCAAAUAAAUCAGGAGGAAAUAACAUUAGAAACUAUUAAGGAGACUUUCGAAUUAGUUCUGUUUGAAAAGAGUCAAGAGGGCCAAAAAGCUAAAGAGAGGCUCAACCAUAAGACUCCGUAUAGCCGAAAAAGCACACUUAUGAACAAAACCGGGUCUAAAUGGUCUGAGCCAACUAACAAAUAAGAUGAACACUCUGGUAUGGACUAACUAAAAUCAAUACUAAU